CAAAACCUGUGUGCUCCGACCACACAGGCUUUGGCAACAAGGAAGUGACCGACUAGCCUGCAGACUGCUGUCAAGAUGGCACCGAGUGGGCUGAAGGCGGUAGUCGGAGAAAAAAUCCUCAAUGGGGUCAUUAAGAGUGUGAAGAAGGAUGGAGAAUGGAAGGUUCUUAUUGUGGACCACAUGAGUAUGCGAAUUCUGUCCUCCUGCUGCAAGAUGUCUGACAUUCUGGCAGAGGGGGUGACCAUUGUUGAAGACAUCAACAAACGUAGGGAGCCCAUCUCUAGUUUGGAGGCCAUUUAUUUGAUUUCACCAGUGGAGAAGUCUGUUCGUGCUCUCAUUAAUGACUUCAAAGAUGCUGCCUUUACAUACAAAGCAGUACACAUCUUCUUCACUGACACUUGUCCAGAUGGUCUCUUUGCUGAGAUUGGGAGAUCGAGAGUUGCCAAGGUGAUCAAGACUCUAAAAGAGAUCAACGUUGCUUUCCUGCCAUAUGAGUCUCAGGUUUUCUCCCUGGAUGACCCAACGUCCUUGUACUCCUUCUACAGUUCUAAGCCAAAUGAAGAAAAGGACAAAAUGAUGGAAAAUCUGGCCGAGCAGAUUGCAACCCUGUGUGACACACUGAAGGAGUACCCUGCAAUCCGUUACCGCAAGGGACCAGAGGAGAAUGCUAGACUGGCUGAGGAGGUCCACCAGCGUCUUAUUGCUCACAAAGCUGACAACCCAAGCAUGGGAGAAGGUGCAGAUAAGGCACGUUCGCAGCUACUGAUUGUUGAUCGCGGGUUUGAUCCCAUCUCACCUAUUCUACAUGAGUUGACAUUCCAGGCAAUGGCCUACGACUUGCUAGAUAUCAAACAGGACAUCUAUACUUAUCAGACAACCGGCAUUGGGAAUGCAAAAGAGAGAGAGGUGUUAUUGGAUGAAGAUGAUGAGCUCUGGGUACAGCUCAAACACAUGCACAUUGCAGAUGUCACUAAGAAAGUGACAGAGCUUCUUCGCACCUUUUGUGAGAGCAAGAGAAUGUGCACUGACAAUGCCAACAUAAAAGAUCUCUCUCAGAUGUUAAAGAAGAUGCCUCAGUAUCAGAAAGAACUGAGCAUGUACUCUACUCACUUGCACCUAGCUGAAGCUUGUAUGAAGAAAUUCAAGGCCUCUCUUGAUAAGCUUUGCGAAGUGGAACAGGACCUGGCAAUGGGAGCAAAUGCAGAGGGGGAACCUUUAAAAGAUGCCAUGAAGAGCAUUGUUCCUGUGCUCCUCAACAAAGAAAUUGAAGCCUACGACAAAAUCCGCAUCAUACUGCUGUACAUAUUCCACAAGAAAAAAGGCAUUGGGGAGGAGAACCUCGCUAAGCUCAUCCAGCAUGCAAACAUACAGGCUGACAGCAACAUCAUUACCAACCUGCAGAACCUGGGCUGUAACAUUAUAGCUGGGGGCCGCAAUGCUGGGAAAAUGCUGCCAGAGCGGAAGGAACGCACAGAGAGCACAUACCAGCUCUCUAGAUGGACACCCACUAUCAAAGAUGUUAUGGAGAAUGCCAUAGAGGACAAACUGGACAGAAAGCAGUGGCCGUUCAUCUCUGAUCCUGCUCCCAUCAAUACAACUCAGACUGCUGUCAGCAGCGCACGAUUUGGACACUGGCACAAAAAUAAAUCUCCAACAGAAUAUCGCUCUGGCCCUCGGCUUAUCAUAUUUGUGAUUGGUGGGGUGUCACACUCAGAGAUGCGUUCUGCUUAUGAAGUCACUCGAGCCACUGAUGGGAAAUGGGAAGUGCUAAUUGGGUCAUCUCACAUCCUGACUCCAACCAGCUUCCUUAAUGACCUGAAGAGUCUGGACCAAGUUCCUAAUCCUGAUUGUUAGAUGACCCUGAACAGGAAUGAGCCUGGAGCAUACUGGAACAAGGGUUUAGUGAAACAUGAAGAGAAAUUUUACAUCUAGCCAUUGAAGGAUACAUAUAUGAUUCUUUAUUUUAUUUUAGAGUAUUAUUUUUAUUGUUUUUUGUGAAUUGGGAUCUGUAUAAUGUUAUGAUUGAAAUUGUAUUAAAAUAUUUAAUUAGACAUUAAUAAUAUUAUGAUUAUUGUACUAUUAUCAUUCAAAUUCUUAUUUUUGUUUCUGUAUAUUUGAUUAAAAAAUUGCAUAAUAUCCACAAAACUGGAUCAUCUCACCCCAAAAGUAUAAUGUAGAUGUAUAUAAGUCAACAGAAGUAUGUAUCGUAUAUUCAAUGACAUUAAGUGUGUGAUAUUUUUUUCCCCCUGUCUCUUGGAAAUUUAAUCAGAGAAACUGUCUCAACUGCUGUCUUUUAUCUUGCACAUUUACCAUGUACUUAAAUAUAUUGCUGGGAGCAAGUGUGGUGGGUGUUUGUUUCUUUGUUGUUAGAAAUGAGUAAUAAAAGAAACAUAAGAUUCACUUAAAAUUAUGUGUUAUGUGUGGCAUUCCAGAGGACUUCCAGUUUGCAUAUAAACUUACUUAUGCUUUGGUAAACAUGCUGAGCCAGAAGUCAAGAAUUUUAUUUAUCCAUGUGACUUUAAAUGUUUAAAGUUUUCUUCAGUUAGUAUUUUUCUUUUUCUUUUUAUAGUCAAUUACAGCCAGGCUUCCAGUACUAUUUUCACCAGUUGAUCUCAUCUGACUAUAAGUAUGUUUUUAUAUUGUUUUCAUCAUUUUAUUAUUUGACCUUGCUUCCUCUUUCAUCAGUUAUCACAUACUGAAAUAAAGCCACAUUACAAAUGUAAAAA